AUCACAGUCCGUCGGCGUCCAGCCCCCUUUAACAUGACAGCGUCUGCAGAAAACCAACGUGAAUCGCUGCCAUUUAACUAAAGCCGCCGCCCCCUUUCUCCCCACUCCGCUGUUUUCCUUUUUUUGGGAUUGACUGCGACAGCUGCCGAUGUGUAGUUCAUCUGCGUGAAGUUAGGACAAAAGCGUAGGCAUGCCGCUGGCUCGCAGCCUGUCCGUCACGUCCCUGUCAGGGCUGGAAGAGUGGGACGAGGAGUUUGAUUUGGAGGACGCUGUUCUUUUUGAGAUUGCCUUGGAGGUCGCAAACAAAGUCGGAGGCAUCUACACCGUCAUCCAGACCAAAGCCCGUCUGACCUCAGAGGAAUGGGGGGAGAACUAUUUCCUCGUGGGCCCCUACGUGGAAAGCAACGUGCGCACUCAGGUGGAGCUGAUCGAGCCCACCAACCCCGUACUGAAGAGAACCAUUGACAAAAUGAACUCCAGUGGCUGUAAGGUCUACUUUGGCCGCUGGCUUAUUGAGGGCAGUCCGUAUGUUAUUUUGAUUGAUGUCGCAUUCACUGCUUGGUCUCUGGACACCGGAAGAGCGAGCUGUGGGAGUUCUGUGACAUUGGCGUGCCAUGGUUCGACCGUGAGGCCAACGACCGUGCUGUUCGGCUUCUUGACAUCCUGGUUUCUAGGAGAGUAUGCAGCCCAGUGUGAGGAACCUCCUCACAUUGUUGCUCAUUUCCAUGAGUGGUUGGCUGGUCUGGGUCUAGUGUUGUGUAGACAGAGACAGCUGCCUGUGGCAACCAUCUUCACCACUCACGCUACACUACUAGGACGAUACCUGUGUGCAGGAAAUGUGGACUUCUAUAACAACCUUGCAGAGUUCAAUGUGGAUAAGGAGGCGGGCGACAGACAGAUCUAUCCUUAUUGUUUGGAGAGGGCGGCCGCGCACUGCGCCCAUGUCUUCACUACUGUCUCGCAAAUUACAGCUAUCGAGGCAGAGCAUUUGCUCAAGAGGAAACCAGACAUUAUCACUCCUAACGGGCUGAACGUGAAGAAGUUCUCUGCUGUGCAUGAGUUUCAAAACCUCCACGCUCAGAGCAAGAAUCGGAUUCAGGAGUUCGUCAGGGGACACUUCUAUGGGCACCUUGACUUCAACCUGGACAAGUGUUUGUUCCUCUUCAUCGCUGGAAGGUAUGAGUUCUCCAACAAGGGAGCCGACCUCUUCCUAGAGGCUUUAGCCAGACUCAACUAUCUGCUGAGAGUCAACCACAGUGAUGUGACUGUUAUUGCGUUCUUCAUCAUGCCGGCUCGGACAAACAACUUCAAUGUGGAGACUUUGAAGGGCCAAGCUGUCAGGAAACAGCUUUGGGACACUGCUCAGACUGUAAAGGAACGCUUCGGAAAGAAACUUUAUGAGUCUCUUUUUAGUGUAGUUGACCCUCAUGGGCAGCUACCAGAUGUGGCCAAGAUGCUGGACAAAGAGGAUUUCACCAUUAUGAAGCGUGCCAUCUUUGCUACUCAGAGACAAAGCCAACCUCCAAUCUGUACCCACAACAUGCUAGAGGACAACAGUGACCCCAUCCUAAGCUGUGUCCGACGCAUCGGCCUCUUCAACAGCUCUGCCGACCGCGUCAAGAUCAUCUUCCAUCCAGAGUUCCUGUCAUCCAUCCCUCUACUUCCAAUGGAUUACGAGGUUGUCAGAGGCUGCCACCUUGGGGUCUUCCCUUCUUACUACGAGCCCUGGGGCUACACACCAGCUGAAUGCACAGUCAUGGGAAUCCCAUCAAUCUCAACAAACCUCUCAGGCUUUGGCUGUUUCAUGGAGGAGCACAUAGCAGACCCUUCAGCAUAUGGUAUUUACAUCCUGGACCGACGGUUCCGAGGCGUCGACGAGUCGUGUAACCAGCUCACUUCCUUCCUGUUCCAGUUUUGCAAGCAGAGCCGACGCCAGAGGAUCAUCCAGAGGAACCGAACUGAGCGUCUGAGCGACCUUCUGGACUGGAGAUAUCUGGGCAGGUACUAUAUAUCUGCCCGCCAUAUGGCCCUGGCUAAAGCUUUCCCGGACACCUACAUAUAUGAACCUCAUGAACCCACUUCAACCUCGGGUUUCCGUUACCCCCGUCCAGCCUCCGUCCCCCCAUCUCCAGCCCUGUCUCGCCACUCUUCGCCCCACCACAGUGAGGCAGAAGACAACGAUGAAGACGAACGUUACGACGAGGACCUGGAGGCAGAGAAGGACCGGGUGAACAUCCGUCAGCCCUACUCAGUGCCGUUCAAAAACAAGAUUUCUUCUGUCCAAGGGGCCAAUUUGAACAGCGAUAGCGUCGCAACUGACAAAAACUGAAACAUAUGUAGACUCACAAACAGCUCCAGUACAUGCUCUUUAGUGAAACUUCAUCUGCGGCAAUUGUCACCCAUGUAUUACACAGUUUAUAAAUGAGUGCAGUUAUGUGGAUGAGUUUGGUUAAAAAAAAGAAAUGUAAUUAUAUAUAUCUAUCAGCUUUUUGUGAAGAUUGCAUCACUGUCAGUGUCUUCCCAACCUCUGCAUACCUCAGAAUUUUUAAAAAUGUCAGUCAGUUUGAUAUGUAUUUGGUAUUUCUUCAGUUACACCAGCAGUUCAAUCAGUGAUUAGCAUUGUGGAGUAAAUGCAGCAGCUAGAAAGGGCUAAAUAAAUGCUCAAUAUGGGAAAAAAAGCAUAAUUUCUGGGUUUUGGAGGAUACUAACACUGGAUAAUUUGAGUAUAGAGCAAUGAAGAAAAUAGAAUUAACUUGAGCCUCUGGCGUUUAUACUUGAGACUAUAAUGUGGGUAUGUGUGGGGAAAGCAGUAUAACCCUCCUUUUUACCAGCUUGUCAUCGUUCUACAUUUGAAACAGGUCCAGCUAUUCUCGUGGUUUUAAAAAGUUAAAUCUAUAAGUUGCUGUGCAUAACCACAAAGAGCACUCAGUGUCAAACUCUCCACCUGCUGUAGCAUCUCCCCCCCCCCCCCCCCCCCAAUUGCCUUGUUUACUGUCAAACUUCCAUAAUGGAAAUAAAAUGCAGACAACACACAUAACAACUAACAUCAGGAAAUAACAUUGAGUAACUUUUUUUUCAGGCAUGUUUUACUUUUGUUUCUGCCUUAUUGUAUCACAGCCUUUAAGUGACAGUUACCACUAAGCCUCACACUCCUCUUUAUGUCUGUGUGUGCUUGUGCUUGUGUUGGAGCAGGUUAUCCCUGAGUUUGCCUGUUUUGGGAAGUAUUUAUUUGUAAAAGACAUAGAGAUGAUAAAGGAAAAAGGGACUGUGUCCUGACUGAGAGGUUUUCAGGAUAAAAGAGGUAAUGUGAAAUGUCUGGAAAGUGGGUCUUGAGUACUUGCCUGUCAUGGAGAAAGAAAGAUAAUUUUACCAGAUGUACACUUGCACUCCCUCAAAGAGUUUUAUCAUUUGUUACAAUCUUGCACCAGAUGACCUAUAAUAAAGUUUAAAUAUAACAUA